CGAAGCAUGAGAGCACCAAGUCCUGCAGUUAUUUCCGGACUUCUGGGAGUCAUCAACCUCGUCCUGGCAGAUGAUCGAUGUCACCUCACCGAGACAGACGAAAAAGAAUCAAUGAACCCGAAUCGAAUCCUGAGUAGAUCAAAAAGAUAUCUCACCUUUCCCCAGGGAAGUUCCUUCGUCCUGACUCUUACAGGACUGAAAUCAAUUCAAGUGAAGGAGCCGACGAAUUGGAAUCUGGACCUGGAGUUUGACAUGAUCUGGCCGAUUCCAAGCGAUACCAUUAAAAAAAUUGAAAAAAAACCGAUGAAGAAAUUCUACACUCGACUGCGCCGACACAAAAGGGACCUCUAUUCCAAUAUUGAAAUAUCCCUCAAUAGACUGGGCUUACCGGGGAAAGACUGCAUGUUGAGGACAAUCUGCGAAGCUAGAGCAUUCCUCCAUCCACCUGGUGUCUCGUUCAUCGAUGAUUUACUGCGAGUAAUUUUGAGUCACGGUGAGCGUUAUCCUGGUGAAUUGGAUCUGUAUGAUGCUGCUUAUAAAUCAGGCGAGAGUUGCGGCCUUCAGUACAAGUGUCCAAUAUCAUUAUUACAAUUUCUGUUGAAUAAUCAUCUUGUCGUUCAAUAA